CGGAUAUAAUUAAUUAGGGUUCGUCAUGCACAUAAAGGAUAUUGGAAAACCAAUUAUAACGAUAGGUUUAAGAAUACAGUAGACUUCGCUUUUUAGAUAUAUUAUUUUACAAGUUCUAGGUAGGCGGUAACCAGUCGAGUUGUAGUAUACUUCAUUACGUCAACUUCACUUGGUCAAACACAUCACAUUUUGGAAGUGUUCGAAUGGAGUUUUUGAUGAUUUGGUGUCUUCUCGUGCUCAUAGACACGGCCGUGGUCAAUGGAAGCGAGGGUUCCACUUUGAAUCCAUCGUACGAAACAACUACAGAACACCUAAGUGGAAUUAUCGAAGAGGCUACAUUUUCCACGGAUUCUGUAACCUUUGCUUCUAUUACAGACAGAUCAUUUACAACGGAUCCAGUACAAAAUACUGAUAAUGAUGAACACUCUGAAGAGACCACAUUUUCCACGGAUUCUGUAACUUUUGGCCCCAGCACAGACCGAUCGUUUACAACAGGUUCAGUAGAAAAACCAACCAAUGCUGAACCAGACGGUGAUCCGGAAUUUGUUUCAAUGGGGUCCUUAAAUUUGGCAAGUGUGGACGUAGAUUACAAUUGCAGUAAUUAUGGCUCAAAUUAUCGAGCGCUGUUCUUGUAUAACAUUACCGAAGAUUUAGUCCAUGUACACAAAUUCUUGAACAGGAGUUACUAUGGUGUCGAGUUUUGGACAGAUUUAGUCAUAAUUAGCAGUACGGCAAUGAUUAGCAACGUCACCGGGAACCUGUUUCCCAAAGAGUCCUUGAUAUCGGAGAAUGGCCAUGGGAACUGUGUCACGAUGAAAGGCGAGUCCGGUCGGAUAUUCCAGAAGGCCAAGGGAUGCGAUUCUCGUUAUUAUGUCAUGUGCCGAAUGUAUACACCGAACACCGGUGGCGGGGACUCAUCCAGUCCAGACUGUACUUGUAACUGUAAAAAUGGCGUUUCUUACCCCACCCUGACAGAGGAUGAAGUGGAAAUUGUAGUGAGCGAAAUCCGGAAAAACCUCACCGUCUUCAAAGCGAACCUGUCGUCUAGCAUUAGGAAGAGGAUAAGCGCCAGUGAUCCCCGAUUGUCCAGCAGAGUUAUCGGAAUGACCUUGGGAGUAAGCAUUCUGAGUUUUGUGGCCAGUUUAUUGGUCAUUCCCGAUAUCGUGGCGGGUUUUAGAUGUCUGAUGUCAAGGUUGUAAUAUGUGAUCGGAUAUAGCUCAACUAUACUUCCAAAAAAAAUUUCUUCCCUACCAAAAAUUUUGACCUCCAAAUCAUGA